CUCCCACAGAGGUGAGAGCGCAGAUGUCAUGAGAAACGCGACCACACGACCAGAGCGCACAGACCGACGCACCGUCCAACCUCAGCCCGCUUCCACGCGCCCCGCUCUGGGAUGCUUUUAGCGCACAGACGCCUCCGCUCAGGGCAGCCAGUGGACGUCGACGCCGAUCAUCUGCACUCUUUUCGUUAUUGUUAUUAUUUUUAACCGAGGAUCUUCCCAGCCCCAGCAUCCCCCACCCCGUUUUAAGUGUUUAUGUUUAUAUCUUCAUGACUGCUGCUUUGGGAAGCGAGCCUCAGCACCAGCUCAAGCAACGCCAACAUCAUGCGAGCCCAAAUCGAAGUGAUACCUUGCAAAAUCUGCGGAGACAAAUCAUCAGGCAUCCACUAUGGAGUCAUCACGUGUGAGGGAUGUAAGGGUUUCUUCAGACGGAGUCAGCAGAAUAAUGCAGCGUACUCCUGCCCGCGUCAGAGGAACUGCCUCAUUGACAGAACAAACCGCAACCGCUGCCAACACUGCCGCCUACAGAAAUGUCUCGCCCUAGGAAUGUCCAGAGAUGCUGUUAAGUUUGGCCGCAUGUCCAAAAAACAGCGUGACAGCCUGUAUGCAGAGGUCCAGAAGCACCAGGCACGAUUGCAGGAGCAACGGCAGCAGCAGACAGGCGAAGCUGAAGCCUUGGCACGUGUUUACUCAUCCAGCCUCAGCAACGGACUGUCCACCCUUAAUCACGAAAUUGGGGGCACCUAUGCCAAUGGUCAUGUCAUUGAGCUACCCAAGGGUGGACAUGGUAACGGAGGUGUAGUACCAGGGGGAUACUAUGGGAUGGAUUCCACCCAGCCAUCUCCCGAUCAGUCAGGUUUGGACAUGUCGGGCAUGAAGCACAUCAAGCAGGAGCCUGUGUAUGACCUGACACCAGUACCAAACCUGUUCAGUUACGGAGGCUACCAAGAUACUCAGCUGGGACCGAACAACGUCAGCAUGGGAGAGCUCGACCGCAUUGCUCAGAAUAUCAUCAAAUCCCACUUGGAGACGUGUCAGUACACAACAGAUGAGCUGCAGCAGCUGGCCUGGCAAACACACUCCUAUGAAGAGGUCAAGAUGUACCAGAGCAAGCCCCGGGACGUAUUGUGGCAGCAGUGUGCCAUCCAGAUUACCCAUGCAAUCCAGUAUGUAGUGGAGUUCGCCAAGCGCAUCUCAGGGUUCAUGGAACUGUGCCAGAAUGACCAGAUCCUACUGCUCAAAUCAGGUUGUCUGGAGGUAGUCUUGGUUCGGAUGUGCAGGGCAUUCAACCCUCUCAACAACACUGUCCUCUUUGAAGGGAAGUACGGAGGCAUGCAGAUGUUCAAAGCCCUGGGUUGUGAUGACUUAGUCAGUGCGGUGUUUGACUUUGCCAAGAGUUUGUGUUCCCUGCAGCUGACAGAGGAGGAGAUCGCUCUGUUCUCAGCUGCUGUACUAAUUUCCACAGAUCGGCCGUGGCUGAUGGAGCCUCGGAAAGUCCAGAAACUUCAGGAGAAGAUCUACUUUGCUCUGCAGCACAUUAUGCAGAAGAACCACAUGGAUGAAGAUGCAUUGGCUAAGCUGAUAAGCCGAAUUCCCACCUUGUCAGCCCUGUGUACACUGCAUACUGAGGAGCUUCAGGCCUUCCAGCAGCUCCAUCCAGAAACAGUCAAUGUCCUCUUCCCUCCGCUCUAUAAAGAACUCUUCAACCCAGACCCCAACUCUGCCAUGGCCAUGCCUAAGUGACUGCCUGUGGUCCCCAUGCAACAAACAACGUCUGCAGAGGACCAAGAAAAUAUGAAGACAGCCGCAUCUUACGAGACGCAAGUGGAAAUGUCGACGUUGUCAUCACUGUGGCAAUCGCAUGUUACUGAACUCCCCGAGCCUCAAUUUGGACGGGAGGGUGAGGAUUCAUCUGCCAGAAACUUACAGUUAUCGCCAACAAUACUAGGAAUGUCCAGCACUUAUCCCAUCCUGUUCACCGAUACAGUCUGAAGAAUGUAUAUAUAAAUGAAAUGCGCCUCGAGCCACAACCUAAGCGGGCUUCCUCCCGUCUCCUGAACUGAACUGACUGACCAGAAAUGUACAGACUUUAAAAGAUCUAGGAACAAUUUUAAGCUGUCAAUCUUUUAAAAAAAAAUGGGUAAGUUAAUUUGUUUUAACUUUGAAAAAAUCUUUUUUGUUUGUUUGAUUUUGUAUUUUCAAGUGAAGAAAUUGAGAGUUUGAAGAAGCUGGAUGGGGGAGGGAACUGUGGAUUUAGAGAAGCUAUUGUAGAUAUUCUCCUAGUACAGAGCGGAUUCCAGUAUUACUUCUUGUUCUGUUAAAAUAAGUUAGUCCUAAUUUAAAUAUACAGCAGUCCAUAGUGGCUGGCUUUACCUUGUCUAUGUGAUUUUGUUUUGACAGUUUCUUGUGUACAGAAUUUGUAAAGUUGAGACUUGUAAGAGAAUAUUGGGUAAAACCAGAAAUCAAUUCGGGUUUUGUUGAUAUAUAGAAGCCUUGUCUGGAUUUUGUUCAUAUGUAAAGAAGGAACUGCAUCCUUCUAAUGAGAACGUAUACAAAUGUAAAGAGAGCAUAUGAAGGAUUUAAAAUUGCUACUACUAUUCAAGGUGAAGAGAUAUACAUAAAUAUUCUAUUUUGCAAAAAAGAAAAUCUGGCAGAUUUGCCAUCCUAUCAAUCAUGUUUUUCUUGCUGCAAUAAUUAUGUCCAACAAAAGCUGGACUGCUUUAGAACAAUCAACCAGAAACAACCAAUCAGAAACAAGGACCUCGUAAUGAACCCCUUUUUCUUCCCAGACUCCCCUAACCCUGAACCCUUUUCUUAUAGAAAAUAACCUUGACUCUAGAUUUAGUCAGAUACUCAGACAUGUGGGUAUAAAUCACAAUGAAGAAGUGACCAAUAUCCACCCAAAAGAAGGUUUAAAAAAACCAACUUGAAUUCAACUAAAAACUUGCCAAUCUUCAAACCCUAUAUGAGUGCUGUAUGCCCUCAUCCCUCUCAUCACUAUUUGCACAAUCCAGUCCGUGGAUGUCAAUCCCUCCAGGCUGUGAAUAUGAAGGACCCUUUUCUCUAAAAAGCAAUAACUUUCACACUGCCUUUUUGAUCUUACUCCUUUGUUUCCUCAUUUAAUACGUCUAGCUGUUCAGAACAGGGUAGAAGUUUCUACAAGAAUGCACUAUAUUUGACUCUUGAUCUUAUAAUUAUAUCCAACAAUCACCUCCAUGGAUGGCACUCAUUCCAACACAGACUCUGAAGUGUUUAAAUGUGAAACCCUAUUAUCUGAGGGAGGACUCAACACAAAGCACUGCUAACAAAUAUGAAGACAUGCAGAUAAGCCUCCAAUGACCUUUAAAGCCACAUUAAAAACUCACACAAAUAGUUGUGAUAGACAAUCUCAUGUUGGCUUUUUUGUUAAUCGUUCCAUCAUCAUAAGCACUUACAGAUUGUCUUUUCCUUGUUUAUUUUUUUUGUAGUUAUCACUGUGAAAAUAUUUUUGGAACAAUAAUUGAAGAUGCAUUUAUUUGAAUGAGAUCUUUCAGUUCUGCAUUCAGCUUCUUGAUCCUAAAUAAAUCAGCUGACAAUACUUUUAACAGUCACUUAAAAGUUUUUAUUCAAAACAACAAUUUUUGCUUCACUCAACCUUUCUGCAUCUUUAAAGUUCUAAUUGAGUUCUAAUAAUAUUUGCACUUAUAGUAAAGCUUUGACCUAGGUUAAUUGGGUUUUUUUUCAAAUAGUGACACGGUGGCCAAAUCUUCAAUUUAAUCGAAGCUUGGACACACUCAGACGAGUAGUGCAUUCAUUAACAUUUAAACACUCGAAUCAUUCCUGUUGUCAUCCCAACAAAACAAUGUUAAUGCUGGGAAACAAGCAGUAAUUCUAGCAUCCAUCUGUCUCUGUGAUCCAUUCAUAGGACCCUUCAUUCUUCCCCUUGACCCAACCCCAGAUCAGAGGCCAGUGACUCAUGAGACAAUCACUUGCUCAGUAAGGCUCGAUGCACUACACAGCAUCUCUCAGGGAGCAGCUCUUUUUCUGACUUUGCAUUAAAAGAGGGUUUAAUAUUUUUGCAAAUUUACAAAAAAAAAAUAUAAUAGAACUACUUUUUAGGAUAAAAGAGGCAUAUGCUGCCAACGUAUGUUGGCAAUGGAAUCUGCCCAGACAAGGCUUUGAUAAGUGUGUGUAUGUGUGUAUGUGUGUAUAGAGCAUGAAUUCACUGUCCAAAUCUCUUUAGAGCCCAAACUGUAUGACAAGCAUUGUAACGUAGCACAUGGAAAAAAGAAGAUAUAUUUUAUGUCAGUGUGCUCUUGUCACCACUGUACACUCAUGUUUACUGCUCAUUUUGCUGCUUUCGGGACAGAGAGGGAAGUCCACUAGUAAGCUGUGAAUCAGGAGCCACCACACGAGCCCUGGGACAGUGAAUUCCAACUCUGACUCUGAAGUUUUUGUGUGUGAUGUUUUAAUUUUCCCUUGUUAGACUGUGAAUCAGAGGGGUGGGAUGGAGGUAUAAGAGGGGAUGUGCUGGCAAAAAAGAGUGGCAACGCAACACUGUAAGUAAGAAACUGUAGCAAUAAGAACUGGAGGCAUUUACUAUUGUCAUGUUUGCAUUGUAAGAUUAUUUUUUAUUUUAUUACUAUUUACUAUUAUUAUUGUUCUUAUUAUGACUACUAUUCUUCUAUUACUAUUAGCCUAUUGUUGUUCUGUUCUAUUUGCAUGACGUUUCAUUACAAUGAAACAUUUGGGGCUUAUUUGUGUUUUCUCUUCUCAUGAUAUUGUGAGUUUGGCGGGAGGGGUUAUUGGCAGGGUGGGAGAAGGGUUUUUAGGGCAAAUUCCACCUCAAUUCAGUCAGUUCAAAGCAAGUUUUUUUUUCCACAAGCUGAAAGAAUUUUUGAAUAAAUUGCUCUUAUUUAUACACAACCAUUUUAACAUUUCUUGUUCAGUUUGAAUUUUUUAUUUUUAUUUUUUAACUUUUGAAUGUGUGAGUUGGUAUAAACCAGUCAGUGAAUGGCCCUUUCUGAACUGGCCUUAUUGAACCGGAUCAGAGACCCUUAACCUGGAAAUGAUGUGGGGCGGGUAAUCUCUUCUGAAUGUUAUGGAGUAGCCUGUUCAGUGUAAGGGGCUGAACGCAUCAUACGCCUUUACCACUCCAUCAACAUAGACUGUCAUCGCAGAGCGCACAAUUAUAGUUGUCAUACUAUGUGACAGCUUGGACAAAGUGCGCAAACAUUUUUAAUAAACUUGGUUUGAAAUACAUUUCCUACACUUAGACGAAUACACUCCAACCCAAACCUCCUCCUCCCUUUGCCUGAGAAACCCUAUUUGAGUGAGAAUGUGUGUGUGUGUGUGAGAGAGAGAGAGAGAGAGAAUGACAUGAUCUUUGCUCUACCAAUGCUUUGUAAACUUUCUUGAUGCAUUACACAUGCGUGCAAUUGGAGUAGUGUUGAAAAUUGUUAAUUUAUUGUCUAGAAUGUCUUUGCAUCCCAGCAAGAGCAAAUAAAACAAAAUGUAGCAAAUCUGUAGCUGAAACCUUAAAGGUGCUCUUGUUACAGACUCUUUUUACACAGGACUUACAUAACAAAACAAAAAAUACAAUAAAAUGAGACUUUGUCUUCUUUUUUUUUUCAAAGUGCCAUAGCUAGUGAGGAGAGGACGGAUUGGCAGAGUGAGGUGUAGAAGCUUUACUGUGCGAGUUCACUUGAGGAACCAAUCAAAAAAAGGGGAAAUCCAAGGAACAUGUAUUUAAUUACUCAGACAAACCGUUUUUACAUUUUAUGCUUUUUGUUGGUAAGAGAGGACUCUGCUGGACUCUGAACUCUGACUCCACUAUAAAUUCAGGAGCUCUGCAGUUUUGUUUUAUUUUCACAUGAGAAUGAGUGUGGGUGCAUGCGUAUGUGUGUGCAAGCAUCCAUUUGCAUUAAAGAGAGAGAGUAACACCCAACACAUGAUGGAUCAGAGAGGGUUGAAGUUCAGAGCUAUGCAGGGCCCUUACGGAGUCCUCCUUUGAGAUGUACAUACAAUGUGAAGGUCUGAAGUGAUUUUUGUUAAAUUCUAUAUUUUAUCGCUUUUGUAGACAUUUUGUUGUGGGGAGAAAAAAAAAUAAAUGAAAUUUUAUGGGUCA